AUGAGCCUAAAACACGACCCCUUUCAAUCGACACUUUGUCCCAUGUCGCUUUGUCCGAACGAAUUUUCGCUCUUUUCGGGUCCUCUCCAGAAACAUGUGUGUUCUCCGAGAUUGCUGAUUUUCGCAAAUUUCCAGCCCUCUUUUAAAUGCCCAAACCGCGUGAGGAUGGCGGUGACCAUGCGAGCCAACAUUGUGCGUCGCCGCUCGUUGUCCAAUCACACCAAUAACUUGCUGUCCACGAACUUGUUGUCCACGAACGGCAAUCGGCGCUCCAGCAUCAGCCAGAAGGACAUUGAUUACAUUCAGAAUGUGUUGUCGGUAAAUGAUUUGUUUUUUGUUUUUCUUUACAGUCAUUUUGGCUGACCAGGGAAGUGUCACAAGUGCGACGCUCAGAUUUGCUUUAAAUUUUGUACACUUAUUGGGCACAGACCACAUAUCAAGUCCUGAAAAUUUUAGCUCGCACUUUGCAGACACAGCCGAGAUAUUCAACGAUCUUUGCGGCCGAGAGAGUACGCGAAAUGCGGAGAGCGGUCAGAGAGAAACGCCUUUUUUGGGCGAUAUCUCUGCCAGUAGCGCGCGGAAAACAUCGAUUUUUUGGGGAAACAUUACUCUCUAUGGUAGAAAUACGCAUGAAAUUUUUCGUGCCGAAAUUUGGCAAAAGGUCUCAAAUUUUCGCCACUUUCGAACUAAAAAUCUCGGUUGUUCCUACAAAUUGCGGGCUAGAAAUUUUGUAUACGUCUUGGAAAAAAUCAAUCUAAAUUUGCGCCAAGUUCCAUCAAAAAUUGAGCGUCCCACUUAAAGUAAAAUAUUGGUUUGUCCAGAAAGUCCGUUCGUUUUUUUUAUUGCUUUUUUAGCACUCCCCCUGAAUUGAAAAAACAUUUUUUUGUUGUUUACUUGAUUUCAGCGGACCAAACAAGUCUCAUGCCAACUGAUCCUGUUGUUUAUGGUCCUUCUGCCAGUCUUCAUUCAUGCCUACUAUCCGUUUAUUUCGACCUAUCAUGGGAAGUUCAGCAAGGUAAGACUGGGAAAAAAUGUAGGCUUCUGGAGCCAAGAUUCCAAUUGGCAUUUUGUUUUUUCUCGCUGUAAAAAGGAUUCGUGUCAAAAAUAUAAUUUUUUCGAUCCGCAACUUGCAGCGAUAUAAUUCAAAAGGGUUUUUCUCUGUCCCUCUCCGCAUUUCGCGCACUCUCUCGGCCGCAAAGAUUGUUGAAUAUCUCGGUUGCGCCUGCUAAGCGUGAGCUAAAACUUUUUAGGAUUGAUAUAUGUAUUAGAUAGAUCAUAUAUGCAAAUUUUUAAGGCAAUCUGAGAUUUUCAAUUUUUUGAAAUUUUAACCCAGAGAUCUGCAAAAUUCUCAAUUUUCUCUCAAAAAAUCCCAAUUUCCCUUCAUAAAAUCGAAUUUUCAGCUCUCCAAGAUCCGUCUCAACGCCUUUCUCCCGGUGUUCCGCCGCCUUACCCCCUAUGUCAUCGUCUUCUCGACGAUUCUCCUUCAAUUCCUCUUCUUCUGGCUCCUUCCGGCCUCGGUGAAUAUUUAUCGAACCCAAGCGAACCAACUGUUUCGACAGCAUUGCAACGCGUUCAGCGGCUUACUACUGAACGCGUUGGUUUUCGGGCUGGGCGCCGCUUUCCGCUGGUACAGUCCGACGCUGAUUUUCGACAACUGGAGUGGGAUCAUGGUGGUGAUGGGGAUGCUGAGCACGAUUGUGGUCCUCUGGCAGUAUUAUGCGCAGGUGGAGAAUGAUAAGGAUGAUGAAUGUAAGUUGAAAAAAAAAUUUUAAUUUUUUUAUAUUUUUUGGUAAUAAAAUAAAAAUAAAAAAAAUAUGUUUUUUUAAGUAGAGUAAUAAAAAAUUAUUUUUAUUUUUAUUAAAAUUUAAUAAUAAAAUAAAAAAAAAUGUAAUUAUUUUUUUAGUAAUGAAAUAAAAAUUUAUUCUUUUAUUUAUUUUUUUCUUUUUUUUUGAAAUUUUUAGUAAUCAAAAAAAAUAUUUUUUUUAAUUUACAAGGAAAGUACUCCAAGUGCGAUGCUCAGAUUUUGAUGAAAUUUGGCACAAAUUUAGAAUAAUUUUUUCUAAGAUAUAUGCGAGAAUUCUAGCUCGCGCUUUGCAGAAACAACCGAUAUUUUUAGAUCAAAAGUCGGCCAAAAUUUAGGACUUUUUGCCGAAUUUCGGCUCGAAAAGUUUCCUGCCUAUUUCUACCAUGGAGGGUAAUGUUUCCACAUAAAAUCAAUUUUUUCCGCGCGAAACAAGAAAAGUUAUGGCCAUAAAGCGCUUUUCUCUCUGACCGCUCUCCACGUUUAGCGUGCUCUCUCGGCGGCAAAAAUCGUUCGAUAUCUCGGCAGCGCCUGCAAAGCGGGAGCUAAAACUUUCAGGAAUUAAUGCUUAGACCAUACUCAACAUAUGUGCAAAUUUUAAAGAAAAUCUGGGCGUCGCACUUGGGGGGCGUCGCGACACUUGCGGGCAACCACUUUGCGGGCAACCAGUUUGCGGGCAGAUUUUUUGCGGGCAGCCACUUUGCGGGCAAAAUUUGGGGGGUCACAUUUGCGGGCAGCUGAAACAUUUGCGGGCAGCUGAGACACUUGCGGGCAACCGACACUUGCGGGCAGCCGACAUUUGCGGGCAACAGAAAAAAAACAGUCACACAGACUGUAUAGGAACUUUUGGAACUGUUGCCCGCAAAUGUCGGUGUCCCGCAAGUAUUGCCUGCCCGCAAAUGUCGGAAAACUUCCAAAAUAUCGCAGUAAUUUAUCCACCUCUACCUUGUUAUCAUCAAGUGCCGGUUGCCCGCAAAUGUCGGCUGCCCGCAAAUGUCGGCAAAUUUCCAAAAUAUAAUAUCAUAGUAAUUUUUCCACGUCCACCCUGUUACCCUCAAAAUCAGGUGACGGUUGCCCGCAAAUGUCGGCUGCCCGCAAAUCUUCCAGGCUGCCCGCAACUGUCGACCCUGCCCGCAAAUGUCCCAGCCUGCCCGCAAAUGCCGGUGCUGGCCGCAAAUAUCGGCUGCCCGCAAAGUGGCUGCCCGCAAAAAAUUUGCCCGCAAACUGGUUGCCCGCAAAGUGGUUGCCCGCAAGUGUGCGCCCGCCCACUUGGGGUACUUCCCCUGUUAGUAAUAAAAUUUUAACAAAUUUGAUCAAUUUUUCACUAAUCAAAUAAAAAAAAUUUUUUUAUAUUUUUUAGCCGAUGACCUGAUCAACGACAUUUUCUUCGGCAAACUGGCUCAGCCCGUGGUCUUCGACAUGGAUCUGAAGGCCUUUCUCACGAACCGAGUCCUUGCCGCGUUGUACUGCUGCUAUUUGUUCUCGGCGCUGGCCAAACAAAGGAUCGCUGUGGGCACGAUUACGCCGGGACUGGUGUGCACUGUCAGCUUGCAGGUAGGAAGGAAAUUUUUUGCAAAAACGACAUUUUAUGGGUUGUUGUUGACGGUUUAUGGACGGAAAACGUAAUUUUUAGGGAUGAAAAACGUAAAUUCCUCUUUCGAUGAGAUUUAUGGAUCAAGAACGUAAAUUUUAGGGGCAAAAAACGUGAUUUUUUCUUUUGGUGAGAUUUAGGGAUUAAAAACGUAAUUUUUAGGUAUGAAAAACGUAAAUUUUCCUUUUGGUGAGAUUUAGGGUUUAAAAACGUAAUUUUUAGGGAUGAAAAACGUAAAUUCCUCUUUUGAUGAUAAUUAGGGAUAAAAAACGUAAAUUUUAGGUAUGAAAAACGUAAAUUUUCGAUUCGGCGAGAUUUAGGGGAAAAAACGUAAAUUUUAGGUAUGAAAAACGUAAAUUUUUGAUUUGGUGAGAUUUAUGGAUAAAAAACGUAAAUUUUAGGGAUGAAAAACGCACAUUUUUGUUUUUGGUGAGAUUAGGGAUAAAAACGUAAAUUUUAGGGACAAAAGACGUAAAUUUUAAGGAUGAAAAACAUAAUUUUUUUGAUUCGGUGAGAUUUAUGGAUAAAAAAUGUAAAUUUUAGGAAUGAAAAACAUGCAUUUUAUGGAUAAAAAACGUAAAUUUUCGAGCGAUUGUAAAUUUUGUUCUCCCAACCCCCGUCAACACCUCUGCUUCCAGAUGAUCUACUGGCUCCGGCGCACCUGGAACGACCCCUGCCGCCCCAGCUCACUGGACAACCAGACAGACAAAGCGGGUUUCUGUCGCAUUUGGGGAGCGUUGGUGUUCCUGCCAACCCUCUACCUGACUCCGGUGACGCUGUUGGCGCAGACGGCCAAGUCGCCGAACCUGUUCACGGCCUGCGUCCUCUUCGUUUUCGGGCUCGUCUUCCAGCUGUGGACGGGCAUCAUCGACGAGCAAAGGCGCGAGUUUAGGGACUGCGAGGGGCAGAUGAAGGUCGACGGAAAGGAUCCGUUUUACAUCAACGCCAAGUAUCGGAAGGAGGGCGGCGAAGCGGCCGUCAAUAUUCUGCUGGGUGAGUGGAUUUUUGAUCGUCGGAACUUAUGCGAAAUUUGGGCUUUUUGGAAUUAAAAUUUCGAUUUCUUGGAUGUUUCUGCAUAACGCGGUUUUUACGAACCCCAUAUUUUUAUGUAAAAAUCAACAUAGUCCUUUGAAAUGGUCCAAUCUUCAUUUCUCUCAAGUUUCAUCAAAAUCCAACCACUUAUCUCAGAGCUACGUUCUAAUUAUAUUACUUUACAGGUAGUGGCUACUGGGGACGAGCGCGUCACUUCAAUUACGCCACCGAAGUCCUUUCAUUUCUCUUUUGGACACUCCCAACUCGCAUCGACUUCUUCGUUGCCUACUUGCCGGUCCUGUUUUUGGCCGCAUUUUUGUGGUUCCGCGCGAACCGCGACGAAUUCCGAUGCCUGAUGAAAUACCAACAUCAUUGGAUCCAAUACACGAACAAAGUGCGCUACCAAUUCUUGCCCAGUAUUUAUUAGACCCGUUUUCUAUCAGUUUUAAUCCUUUUUACUCGAUAAAAUGUCGAAAAAACGUGAUUUUUAGGUUUCGUAUAAAAUGUCUCCCGCAGACUGCGGUUUGAAAAUACGCAGACUGCGCCCGAAUUGUCCGCCAAAAAAGUUGGGCCAAAUUUUCAACGUGUCUUUGAGUUGCAAGCUUUCAAAAUUUGCAUAAAAAUGCGUGUCAAUUUGUGUCGUCAGUGGAAAACAAAAAAAAACCCGUUUUCUUUUCUGGUUUCUCGCCCAAUUGGUCGCUUCUCUCGGUGUAAACGUAAUUAUGGACCUUGCCAAAGUCGCAACGAUCAUCCAGGCUCUGAACGCCUGCGAGGUGCUGUUCGGUGAUCUCAAGCCGAACCACUUCGAAGUGAAGUCGUUCAGGAUCACAGAUGAUAUAAAGCGGGAGAUAAAAGAUUUUCUGAAAAAUUUUUGAAAUUUUUCUGUUUUUACUUUUUUUUUUAAAAAAAAGUAAAUUUUGAAAAAUUUCCGGAGAUUUUCGAUUUCGGAGAGUCAAAAAACAUUCUUACUCCGAACGACAAAUUUUUGGAAAGUUGGAUCAAAAAUGGCUCGCCAAAAGGUCGAUCCGCAAAGUUGAAACAAAAAUGGCUCGCCCAUUUUGGCUGGUGAGUAAGACGCCGUUUUUACUCACCAAUUUAUUUUCUUCACAAGGAAAGUACUUUUAUGGGGGCUCCUACUUUUUGACGGGACAUAUCUCAAAAAAUCAGAAAAAAUGUGCUGAUCAAGGAUAUAUAAAUCUUAGCUGCCCAUUUUAGGUUUUUAGGGGUGAAAAUGCCAAAAAACUGGCUCAAUUUCCCUACAAAAGGCGCAGGCAUUCGAAACGAUAAAAAGCGCAGUCGGUCUCUUCCUUCGGAAGAGAGCGGUGUGGCCGAGUGGUUAGUGCCGUGGUCUGGGAAUCAAGCAGGAGGACGCCGCACGGGUUCGAUUUCCGUUUUGGGCUGAAUCAACUUUUUUUGAAGUUGAAGGUCGGAAAAAUAAAUUUUUGGGCCAAGACUGAUUUAUUACGUCUUAGAAACUCAAUAAAAAUCAUUUUAAGUCAAAAUAAAAAUUGUAAACCUGUGAAAAAUUAAGCGAAAAGGGGUUCAUAUAGGACUUUAAGUCAACUUCCGAUUGAGUUUUCACCCCUAAAAACCUAAAAUGGGCAGCUAAGAUUUAUAUAUCCUUGAUCAGCACAUUUUUUCUGAUUUUUUGAGAUAUGUCCCAUCAAAAAGUAGGAGCCCCCAUAAAAGUACUUUCCUUGUCAAAACUAUUUUUGCGAGCUGCGCCCGGGAAUUCCAGAUGUGUCAAAUUUCUCUCCCCCGGAAGAAACGUUUUGAUUUUUUUUGAAGUUGUGAAUCUAUUUUCUCCACGAAGAUGGGCUGAAAAGUGAUCAAGUAAGUUAGCAUUAGCAAGAGGAGAUGUACUUUUUACAUUUGACACCAAAAAUUUUCCUUUUAUUUCAGAGAAAGGUACAAAUUUUUUCCAAUUCGUAAAGCUUCAUGACCAUGGAUAAUGUAAGUGCGCUUAUCGCGUUUUUUGUUCCGUUAUUGGAGUUAACAGUUCUAGGCUGGCGAGUUCUAGAGGACACCUCACUUUAGUUUUGUUAUAUACUCUAUCUAUCAAACCAAAUUCGAUUUCUAGGUGUCAUGUACAAUAUCGAAAUCCGCUCAGAUCUGCCGUAUUUUUGCCACGAAUGCGUUCUAAACUGAGGUAAUAACGUAAUAAGGCUCAAAUAACGUUGUUACAAUAACUUGAAGAUAGUUUGCAUAGGUUUUACUUUAGUAUAACAUACUUUUGGAAAGUUAGUAUAGAAUUUGAAAUUUUUACGUCGUUAUUCCUCAAAAUUUAUGGGGUUUCAUACAUGGAGAAUAUACAUGAGAGUGGGGUAUCCUCUAAACGUUUCCCGACUUAGAAUCUUGACGUCGUAGCAAAAAAGGAGAUAAUCUCACUUACAUUAUCCAUGGUCAUGAAGCUUUACGAAUUGGAAAAAUUUUGUACCUUUCUCUGAAAUAAAAUGGAAAUUUUUGAUGUCAAAUGAAAAACGUACAUCUCCUCUUGCCAAUGCUAACUUACUUGAUCACUUUCCAGCCCAUCUUCGUGGAGAACAUAGCUUCACAACGUCGCACAAACGUAAAAAUAAUUUUUUCGGAAAAGAAAAACUUGACACAUCAGGGAAAGACUUGGCAUCAACCUGGCAACCUGCAGUGCGGGGCCAAAAAGAGGAAUAAAGUAAAAACAAGCUCUGACUUUCGGCGACUCCGAGCGGGGAGUAAGAUCCGGUCCUACUCCCGACCUUGAAGUCGGAAAGCCAGAAACAAAAUUGACUUUCUUUUGCAUUUUCCUUGAAGUAAACUGAAAAUUUACUUUUUUUUUAAAAAAAAAGUAAAAACAGAGAAAUUUCAAAAAUUUUUCAGAAAAUCUUUUAUCUCCCGCUUUAUAUCAAGAUCGAGUUGUUCGCCACAAAGGAGAACGCGACAACAUUUGAAAUGUAAGAAAUUUUUUGUUAUUCUUAGUAGAGCGAGAGGGCAGUGGGGAUUUUGUUGAUACCUACGGGGUAAACCGUGCUUUUGCUAGCUUUUUCGGUGAAAAAAUAUCGAAAAACGAGAAUCUAAGGUGCUUUUUGGGAUCUCGAACGGCUACGAACUUGAGGGCUAGCUAAAAAGAGAACCAAAGCUUGGGCACAGCUUGGAUGAAUUUUGGAGUGAGCCAACUGAAAUUUUCUUGACUUGAAUCUCUCCUUUUUUCGCCCACUCUGAAGAAAAUUUGUCCAAGCUAUGGUACGAACUAGGAGCCUAACGUAAUUUCUUUUCUAUUUCAUCUGUUUUCAGUUUCCCGAUCAAUUACACUGGUCCUGCCUUCAAAGAAAUUCGACUGCAAAUGUCGAUUCAAGGAAACAAGACAAUUGUUGGAGGUCAAGUGACUGUAGCAGAUGGUGUUUGGCAACCGUCGUAAGUUUGCGGCUUUGGGGAGGAACCUUUGUUUUCUGGAACAUGCUCAAAAAUGGGCUAGAACAUUUUCAGUUAGACUUUGUCGAGGUUUUCGUUUGCAUUUAGCGCACUCAUAUAGGGGACGACAUAAAAACGACGAAAAUGGGGUUAAAAUUUAAGAAUCGGGUGCAACUCGCUUUUGUGCUAAUUCUGAAAAGGGGAUUUUUACCGAUUUGGGCAUGAAUCUUGUCGCUUCUAGUUGAAUUAGAAAUAUGAUUGUGCCGCUUUGACGGCAUAUCAUUUCAAUCAAAAAAAGAUCAAUCUUAUGGCUGAUUAUAUUUCCGUUAUUUUUUAGAAAUUGUCCGGUAAUUGGAGACGAUAAGGAAUUGAAAGAGGUCGCCGGUUGUAAUAAUGUCUUCUGCGCAUACCUGUUUGGAGACGCGGUGUAUCGGAUAAACAAGGAUCUUUCAUUGGACUCUGUAAUAUAUAAGAAACCGGGAGUGAUUGCAGAAAAAAAAGUACAGCCCAACAUCACUUGCGCCCAGCCAUUUGGUGUGGAUGACGUGAAGCGCGCAUUUUACUUCAAGAAGAACGGCACAUGCAUGCAUGAGUUCUUUGACGGCUUCAAGAAUCCUUGGCAUCCACUUGAAUGUGAUCGCUUCGUCCCAAUCACUUUGAAACCGGACACCCCCACACAAUUUUAUCAUCUGGUAAGUCUGCGGGUAAAUUUGGCGAUUUGAUCCAAGAAAACUUUGAGCAAAAAUUUCAAGUGUUACCUCAAAGCUUUUCUCAAAACGGCGGUUUGAGUAAAACCUCGGGCGCAGUUCGGGAAAAAUUUUUUUGAGAGGCGGCCAAAGGUGAAAACAGGCAGCUGACCCUCAAAAUUCCCACGAAGGACGGAAAGGUCCGCUGCGGAAAGGUCCGCUAAAAAAAGAAAAGACGAUGGCGGGGCCCCGCCAUGAUGUUUUCGAUGGCGCUGAUUUCGAAAAUCAUAUCAAUUUUUUCUGAAUUUUACAUUUUUGCUUAAGCAGUAGUGUUAAUUAGUAAUUUAAAAAAUUUUUUUUUUUUUUUUUUGAGUAAUGGAUUUAGGGGUUUUCGGUGGUGCUGAUUUUGAAAAUUGUAUCCAUUUCUUCUGAAUUUUUGCCUAUCUUCCUCAAUUGUUUAAAAUGAAUGUUUUAAUUGGUAAAAACUUGGUCAAACUUGUAUGAUAUUGUAAGAAAACUUAUGACUUUUUUUCGUCUUUAGAGCGAAAAUGACACUAGCAAAAUUGUAAAAUUCAGAAAAAAAUUGAUACGAUAUUCGAAAUCAGCGCCAUCGAAAACCUCCCCCCAACCUUUCCUCCUCCUCUUCCCUUUUUUUUAGCGGACCUUUGCGCAGCGGACCUUUCCGUACUCAAUCCAAAAUUCCAGCCUCGUUGCGCAUUUUUGGUAAAACCGGUUUUUUAAGUGAAAGGUCGGGCGCAGCUCGGAAAUUUUUUUAUUUUCUAAAAGUGGGAGUUUUGCUGAUUUUUUUGUGCCGUGAGAUUGUUUUGGUGGUAUAUAUAAUUUAGUGAAGGUUUUUUGUGUCUUUUUGUAUAAAAUUUUUCUUUCAGCGACACCUCAUUGUUGUAACCGGCUGCCAGAUGCCCCGAUUGAUCACGGAGAACAUGAUUGAUAACACUUUUGUUCGAUUUUCUUUCGUCAAUCCGACUGUGACAGCGUGAGUUUUGCGUUCAAAUUUUUAAGUUUUUUUCCAGCUUGCCAAUCUCGGCUUACCUGACCCCAAACGGAUUCUUGAUGGUGGUUAUGGGAACCUUUGGGGUUGUGCUUGUCCUUAGUCUGGUGGUUGCUAUGAUUAUUGUAUGCGUGGUGAGUUUACUGCAAUUUAAAUCCUGCACUUUGCAGAAGAAUAUUUUUCUUUGGAUUUAUUAUUAUUUUUUUCGUUUCAGAUUCGCAUAAAAAAGUCUAAACUGAGUGGAGAUCAAACCAAAGGACAUGAUGAAUAG